UUUGACGACAGUGCACACGAUACCAAUACACGACAUUGCUAUCGGUGCUCAUCUCAUGGUCACAUCAUUGCGUGUAAAGUUUUAGUAAAUAAUAUAAAAUCAUGGAUAUCAAACUAGUUUGCCGGAUUUGCGCUAAUAAAAUAAAGGACAAGAAACGCGAAAGACAUUUGUUCAAAUACAUGCGCGGAAAGCUGCAUUGCCAACUGAAAAUGAUAACUGGUGUCGAGUUGUCUACCAAUCAAGGGUUGCCGGAGUUCAUCUGCGAGCGCUGCUUCUCCGAACUGGAUCUUGCUGUGAAGUUUCGCGAGCGUUGCAUCUUCUCCCAAAAGUACUUGCUGGAGAUGGUCAUGAAGACCACUGAAGAGGACCGCAGGAAGUUUCCAAUUCCGGAGCUCCACGAAAUCGAAAUUGAUGCGGACCAAUUGGAGCCAACCAAUAACGAUGACAUGGGGCUCUUGGGGUUUGUCGAAGGGGAUGACGUAGAGGACGAUGAGGAUGCCCAGGCGGCUGUGCUAAUCGCAGCAGAAGAGGCGUACAAGGCUGAGAUAAAGGAAGAGCAGAUGAGACGAGUAGCAAAGCGACGCCGUAACUUCUUUAUAUGUGAACAAUGCGGUCAGUUCUACGACGACGAAUACGCCUACAAUGAGCACUUGGAUGCGCAUCAAGAACGGAAGGAAAUGAAGAUGUUCUUCCCAUGUACAGAAUGCCCCGAAACCUUCACGAAAAAGACGGAUUUGAAACAGCAUCGCUCGCAAUGCCAUAAUGGCCAAUGGCGGCAAUUCAAAUGCUCGACUUGUGGUAAAGUGUUCGUUUCAAUGGACGCCAAGCUACGCCAUGAAAAAGCCCAUGAAAAUGAACGACCUUAUCCUUGUCUGCAGUGCGGAAAGAUAUUCUCCUGUGUUUCGGAACUAAGUGAACAUCAUGCCACACACACGGCCACAAAUAUGAAAUACAAAUGUGAGCCAUGCAGCAAAGGUUUCAUGACCGAAGCGCUCCUGGUGGCACAUAAGAAAUCAAAGAAUCACAAGCGCGCUAUUAAAGAAAUUAAUGAAGAAAUUGUAUGGGUAGGUUAGACAGUGAUUAAUCUUUGAAAUCAUUAUUCUGGAUUUAUUGGAACUAUUUCCUACUUAGAAUCUCUUUGAGAAUCGAAGUAUGAUUUUCCAUUUCAAAUUUGUAACUUUUUCUAUGUUUAAGGGAAUUUAAU